AUGGCAACCGUCCUCGAACUUCCAGCGGAGAUCCUGGCACAGAUUGUGCGGUAGGCAAAUCUCAAUGGCGCCCUUCCAAACCUCAGGUUGAGCAAUUCGCGUAUGUUGGCGUUAGCAGACAGUCAAACUCAUCUAUUACUCGACGACCUGUGCUUCAGAUAUGGAAUCAGUGCACGAGCUCGAGAUCUUUACCUCUCGCAGAGGGCAAGUGAAAGGUUCUCUGGUACACGGCAACCGAUCAUCCAUGUCAUGGCCUUCGGCAACUUUUUGCGCAUGACUGCACUUCUUGCUGCGGAUUUGGACAAGGGAAUCGGAGAGUCCACCCUUACCGCGGUACCUCCCACGCAACUUGGCAAUCGAGAGCCUUUCUUGCUAUUUGCAAUCUUCAGUCAGGUGCUGAAUUCAUCGUUGGAGUUUUCACAUUCGACAAUGGCAGACUUGCUGGCCCCUUCCCCUGACGCUGGGCAGUCACUCUCAAAGCAGUUUUCGGAGAAAUUUGUGCACUUUCUGAGACAGGAGCUCGCAUUGGAGGAGUUAGAAGGUAUUAUCGGCGCCAUUAGUGUCUGUUCAAUGCGGCUCUGGGGCACUGUCUUCUUGUUCAGACCCAGGGAUUCCACAAUCAGCAGCUUCAGUAGCCUCAGCGGGGCUUCUUUCAACACAAAUCAAGCAAUUUUAACGGAGCAUGUCAUCUGGAAAGGUCCACUUUGGGCAUCGCGAAUAUUGAGGGUAUAUGGUCCUGCUGACGCAGGUAGCAUGCAGGAGACUGAAAUGGGUGCAGAAGUAGACGACAAUCUUUGUCAGGGAGGGCGUCUGGAGGGGGACGCGCUGUGAAGGAGCUCGGCUGGCAGCGAAUGGAGUGGCCCGGCUCCUGUGGAACGAGAGACAGCAGAAGAUCGAGACGAAGGCCAGCGCCUCUGCAGAA